AUGGACGACGCCCCUGAGCGGCGGGGCUGGGUGGAGCGGCUGCUUGCUUUCAUGGAAGAACGGCGGACCCCUAUCGCCGCUUGCCCCACCAUAUCCAAGCAACCGCUGGACUUGUACAGACUGUAUCUAUUGGUGCGCGACCGUGGAGGCUUCGUCGAGGUGACGAAGAAUAAAACGUGGAAGGACAUUGCGGGCCUGCUGGGCAUCGGCGCGUCAUCGUCCGCCGCCUAUACGCUACGCAAGCAUUAUACGAAAAAUCUUUUAGCGUACGAAUGCCACUUCGACCGCGGUGGCAUCGACCCGCAGCCUAUCAUCAACCAAGUUGAGGCGUCUACUAAGAAGAAAGGUGGCAAAUCGAAUAGUACGUCUAGUGCAGUUUUUUAA